AUGGCGAGUAUUGACCUCAAAUAUCCUGAGUUUUCUUUUCCAUAUUUUCCCUAGGACUAUUUUACCAAUGCAAAUAAAGAAUUGAAAAAAGACCCCCAGCAAGAUUACCACCUAGAAUAUGCCAUGGAAAAUGAUACGCACACAAUAAUCGAAUUUACCAGAGAACUGCAUUCAUGUGACGUAAAUGACAAGAGCAUAACGGAUAGCACGGUGAGAGUGAUCUGGGCCUAUCACCAUGAAGAUGUGGGAGACACCGGUCCCAAGUACCACGGGUCCAACCGGGGCACCAAGAGUCUGCGGUUGCUCAAUCCCGAGAAAACCAAUGCAUUGCCAACGGCCUUACCAUACUUUGACCUGGUAAAUCAUGACGUCCCCAUCCCAAACAAAGACACUACAUAUUGGUGCCAAAUGUUUAAGAUCCCUACUUUCCAGGAAAAGCAUCAUGUCAUAAAGGUGGAGCCAGUGAUCCACAGAGGCCACGAGAGCCUGGUACACCACAUCAUGCUCUAUCAGUGCAGCAGCGAUUUCAACGACAGAGUCCUGGACUACGGCCACGAGUGCUACCACCCGAACAUGCCCGAUGCCUUCUUCACCUGCGAGACCGUCGUCUUCGCCUGGGCCAUUGGUGGAGAGGGUUUUUCCUACCCACCUCAUGUUGGAUUAUCCCUUGGCACUCCACUAGAUCCUCAAUAUGUGCUUCUAGAAGUCCAUUAUGAUAAUCCAACAUAUGAGCAAGGCUUAAUAGACAGUUCUGGGUUGAGGCUGUACCAUACCGUGGAUCUGAGGCAGUACGAUGCUGGGAUGAUCCAGGCUGGCCUCUGGGUGAGCCUCUUUCACACCAUCCCUCCAGGGAUGCCUGAGUUCUGGUCUGAGGGUCACUGCACCCCGGAAUGCCUACAAGAGGCUCUGGAGGCCGAGAAGCCAAGCGGAAUCCACGUGUUUGCAGUUCUUCUCCACACUCACCUUGCUGGCAGAGGCAUCAGGCUGCGGCAUUUUCGCAAAGGGAAGGAAAUGAAGUUACUUGCUUAUGAUGAUGAUUUUGACUUCAAUUUCCAAGAGUUUCAGUAUCUACAGGAUGAACAGACCAUCUUGCCAGGAGAUAACCUCAUUACUGAGUGUCGCUACAAUACAAAGGAUAGAAUCGGCAUGACAUGGGGAGGACUAAGCACCCGGAAUGAAAUGUGUCUCUCCCACCUGCUUUAUUACCCAAGAAUUAAUCUCACCCGUUGUGCAAGUAUUCCGGACAUCAUGGAACAACUUCAGUUCAUCGGCGUGAAGGAGAUUUACAGACCAGUCACGACAUGGCCUUUCAUUAUCAAAAGCCCCAAGCAGUAUAAAAACCUUUCUUUCAUGGAUGCAAUGAAUAAGUUUAAAUGGACUAAAAAGGAAGGGCUCGCAUUCAAUAAGCUUGUCCUGAGCCUGCCGGUGAAUGUGAGAUGUUCCAAGAUAGACAAUGCAGAGUGGUCGAUCCAAGGAAUGAUAGCCUCGCCUCCAGAUGUAGAAAGGCCGUACAGAGCAGAGCCUGUGGUGUGCAGAAUGCCUUCUUCCUCUGCUCCACACAGAAAUCUCUCUCCCCAGCUGCUCCUGUGUUUUCUGCUGCUGCUCAGCAGCAUGCUGGGACCCACGUGCUUCUGACCACAAUUCUGUUGCACUUGGUGACCAUAUUUUCUGUGAUCUGAAUCUGUCAUUU